AUGAUUGAUGAAACAGGAUCAAUACCUGUUACACUUUGGCAAGAUCAAGCGACUAAUUUCAAUGAUAACAACAAUUCCGUACUCGCUUUUGAAGGUAUUAAAGUUCAUGAUUACAAUGGAUGUCGAAGUCUAUCAACAACACCUACAACAUAUUUGAAAUAUAAUUCAAUUGAUACAGAACGAACAGAAAAGCUAAAGCAAUAG